GGGGGCAGGGAAAGAAAAAGACGCUGGAUAAUGGGAUUGAGGGAACGAGUGAGGAGAAGAGAGCCGGAGUGAGAGACAGAGCUGGGGUACACCCAUAGACUGUGUAUAAAGAGGGUACACCUGACUUUGAGAAGGGAGGGAGCUCCGCUGUACACACACAGAAUCAGUGCCAGCAGACAGAGGCAGGGAGCCAGCUGACAGAGAGAGCGUCGACCAGCCAUGUCGGACACCGAUUCUCUAAGUGAAGCACUAAAAGCUAUCAGUGUGAGUACAGAGCUAAUUGAGGAUGAGCUCAAGCCUCAUUUGGACACAGUGCUGUCUUCUUUGCUGGAAAAGAAGAAAGAUGCUGCUGUUGCGAUUGUGAAUAGUGGGAUUCUACCCACAUUGGCUCAGGCUUUACAAAGUAAAAGCAGCCUGAGCUGCCAGGUGGCUCUGGUGGUGGCAGAGAUGGCCCGUGAAGCUGCAGUCAGGGAGUCGUGCAUUGAGGCAGGCCUGGUGAAGGUACUGCUUCCUCAUCUGAACAGCAACAACCAGGAGAUGCUGCUGAACACUGGCAGAGCCAUUGGACGCAUCUGCUUUGACAACUCAUACCAACAGGACAUGCUAGUCCAGAGUGGCGUAAUACCCAGACUGGUGUCCAUAAUGAAGGAGUAUUCAGACAACGACCCACUGGUUAACGUUUGCCUACUGGCCCUUUGUAACCUGGCUGACAUGGACUCCGCGAGGGAAGCCCUGGCAGAGCUGGAUGUGGCAGAUGUACUGACAUUUCAGUUGAAACGGGCACCUGAUGCCGAACGCAGACAUGUCAUCCUGGAAAUACUGGGUGCACUGGGCGAGAGUGAUACACUGAAACUACAGUUUGCAGAGUCAGGAGUACCAGAGGCUCUAUCAGAGAUGAUUCAGUGCCUGCAAGGAGGUUCUGACCCCCAUGACCUCUGCAGCAUCAAGAUUGCCUCCAACCUCAUAGUGUCUCUGCUUUUGGGAGAUGAGUCCAUGCAGAAGUGCUUUGGUGAGGGAUCAGGUCUGGUAUAUCAGGAUGUUCUGUCCUGGCUACAGAGCUCCAACACUCAGCUGCAGCUGUCUGGAGCCUUGGCCAUCGCCAACUUUGCCAGAAAUGACAGUAACUGUGUGAAGAUGCUGGACCUUGGGGUGGUUCCCCACAUCCUGACCUUGUUGGAGCAACAUGUUGACGAGGGAGACGUGUCUGUUCAACAUGCUGGACUGAGUGCGCUCAGGAAUCUGGCUAUUCCUGCCACAAACAAAGUGAGAAUGCUUGAAGAUGGGGUGACUGAGAGGAUAAAGACCCUGCUACGCUCAGACAUGCCACCUGUUCAGUUCAAACUGUUGGGUACACUACGCAUGAUGGUGGAUGGACAAGAUGAGGCAGCUUUGGUGCUGGGGAGAGAUGCUGUACUGCUGGCCCGGGUCAUGGAAUGGUGUGAAGCCAAAGAUCAUGCAGGAGUCCGAGGAGAAGCCAGCCGCCUAUUGGCUGCCCUCAUCAGACACAGCCGCAGUCCUGAAGUUGUUCUUGCUGUAACCAAAGCAGAUGGGGUUCGGCACCUUACCUCCAUGGCUACGAGUGAGCAUGUCAUCAUGCAGAAUGAGGCCCUGGUUGCUCUGGCAAUAGCGUCUGCCAUUGACCUUGAGUCUAUGAAGGAUCCAUUAUGGGAGGCAGAGCUGUUGCCCAUGCUAAAGAAGAUGUUGGAGGAUCCUGAAGGGGCGGUCGAAGUCAAGUUCAGUGCUUUAGGUCUCAUCUGCAGCCUGGCUGACUCCAGUGUGAUGAAGGAGGAGUUGAACUCUGUGAAUAUGAAGGAAAGCCUAACUAAACUGACAAAUCAUAGCAGCAGUAAACUUGCCUCACAAGCCAGUUCCCUAGUGGCAGUUCUCAGUGACACCAGCUAAACCAGCACAUUGCAGCAACAAAGGAUUUCAUCUGUUGUCUGGAUUUAUCCUGUUAUUCAAUGACAUACUGUAAUUCAAAUUAGCUUUUUGCAGAAGUUUUGCUAACUAUUUGUUUGGCUUUGGCUUUGGCUUUAUGGCAAUAAGAUCACGUGUCCUCACUAGUAGCUCUCUGAGGCUACCCUGUUCAUAGGAGGAAUAAACAACAUACAGAUACAUUUAUAGUUCUUAAACUCUACACAAAAGCAUGGCUCAAUGAGGUAAUUAAUACCCAAGUUGUUAAUUCAAUCAGGAGCAUAAAUGUACUCUGUGAAUUUCACAGUAACCUA